UGCUCAGGAGUUAUUACAAAGCAAUUUUGCUUGGUGAAAGAAGCACUUAACUAUGGAGCAAACCGAUGUGAUGAAACCAGAAACUCUUGAUGAUCUUAUUCAUGUGCUGCAUAAAAUCUUUGAAAGUGACAAUAUAAAUGUUGAGGAGGUGCAAGCCAUAAUGGAAGCUUACGAGAGCAACCCCCAAGAAUGGAUGAGAUUUGCUAAAUUUGACCAGUUCAGAUACACCAGGAACCUGGUGGAUGAAGGAAACGGGAAGUUCAAUCUCAUAAUACUCUGUUGGGGAGAGGGCCACGGCAGUAGUAUCCAUGACCACACAAACUCCCACUGUUUCAUGAAGAUGCUGCAAGGCAAACUGAAGGAGACGAGGUUCGAAUGGCCCAAUGAUAAAACACGUGGCGAUAUGGUUCAGACAUCUGAGAAAAUUCUGGAAGAUAACAUGUGUGCCUACAUCAAUGAUUCCAUGGGGCUGCACCGAGUAGAGAACCCCAGUCACACAGAAGGUUCUGUCAGUUUGCACCUGUAUAGCCCCCCCUUUGACUUCUGCCAAACCUUUGACCAGCGCACGGGACACAAGAACACUGUCAAGAUGACGUUCUGGAGCAAGUUUGGAGAGAGGACUCCAUUUGAAACCAAAGUCUCACAAGAAAACAACUGAGCCACUGAAUGAGAUGGUUGCAUUUGAAUCUGUAAAUGCAGGCAACAAAGAAGCAAAAUGCAGACCUACAUCUAAACAAGCCUUUUAUGUUGGAGUGGACAGUUCAAAAGGACAUGUGGGUAAUUCGAAUGGCUUUAUCGGUGCCCAGUGUGAGCUGGGCAAAUAAUGAUGAGCGCAGGAUGAAUGCAUGAAUAGGUUUAGCCAUGUAUUGAAACUGGCCUUUGUUAGUUAGGCCAGAGGAGACCCCUUCUCAAUAACAGCAUUCCUAUGUGGCUAUGAGCUGUGCAACCAUAUUCUAUUUUUUAUUUUAUUUUUUACUGUUACGGCUGAUAGUUAGUUGUAUGUUUGAGUGGAAAUGGGUUGUCUAUUGAAUCACGAAAGCAUUGUUUGAUCUACAGUUUUACAGUUAAUUGAGCACUUUUACUGUGUUGAUUUCUGCAUAGAAUCGUCAUAACAAAUAGUGAUGUAACAUGAGAUUAUUUCUACUGUCAAAUUAGACCAGACUUUUGCCUUUUUCGAAGGUAAAGCUUUAUAGAUGUAUUGUUUGAAAAUGCAACAUUUGUCAUGUAUGUAUUUGCAGGGUGUUCUGUCUUUCGGCAUGAGAAAGGGUGUUAAUUGUCAUAAGCAAUUGUACUGUCCCUCCUGAAUGUUUCAUUGUUUUCAACCUAAUAUUAGAAGAUCUGUCAAGGAGAGCCUGGACAUGUGGGGUGGAGUUGUGAUUGUUGUUCUCACUGAUAACCAGCUGAAUCGGUCAAGCUUUUCUGUGUUUUUCACGUGGGUCGUGUCCUCCACACGUUACAGGGUUGUAAUAUAAUAUUUUCAGAUGAACAAGGCUCUCUUCUCCUCAGGAUUUUGGCUGUUGUUUUAACUGUAGAUGUGUUUUUCAAGUUGAUGGUUUGCAAUGUAGUGCCCACAAUAGCGUUGUUAGUAAAAACAUGAGAUUACACAAGAUUUUGUAAAAGAUAAGCCUUGCUUUGACUGUCCACUAUUAAAUAUAAUAUUUGUCAAAA